CGGUGUCAGGGCUCAGAGCGAGGCUGGCGUUGUUUAUUGUCGCUGUUUCCGCCAUAGCGGAGGGAGAAGCCAGGAGAGGGAGAGGCAGCGGCUCCCUUGCGGAGCAAUCCAUCGGCAUCGGCACUGCUGCUGGGUGGACCGCCUCGGCUAGUUAACGCAGAUCACUGCGGUGAACGGAGCUAUCCUCUCGUGCAGAUACUGGAUUAAGGCGAGUGCGGGACCGGUGAGAGGAAACAGUUGCUCGGCGGUAACGGGGCGGCCGCCGCCUUCUCCCCAGAGGGACCUAAGCGUCGCGGCGACGACGACCAGGGCCCGUGUUCGAUCAGCAGAUAACCCGACCUGUUCCCUGCCCCACCCCGGCCGGCGCCAUGGCCUGUGGAGCCACACUGAAAAGGACUAUCGAUUUCGACCCUCUGCUGAGUCCCCCGUCGCAGUCGCCGAAAAGGAGGCGUUGCACCCCGCUCAGCUCGGCCGCCUCCCCGCAGAAGUACCUGAAAAUGCAGCCGUCACCGUUCGGAGAGGUGACUCCCCGCCUCACCACAGAACAAAUUCUUCACAACAUAAAACAGGAGUACAAACGCAUUCAGAAAAGGAGACAUUUAGAAAGUUUCCUGCCUCAGUCGGAGGGCAGUUGUUCAAGUGACGGACAGUCCCAAAUUCCAGUUUUAAAUGGACCAGUUUUGCAAGGCACUUCAUCUGGAUCAUUGUCACCACAAUCAAAGAAAGACCAGCCAUUGUUCACAUUGAGGCAAGUUGGAAUAAUUUGUGAACGCCUGAUUAAAGAGCGAGAAGAGAAAGUCCGUGAAGAAUAUGAAGAAAUACUGGAUACAAAGCUGGCAGAACAAUAUGAUACUUUUGUGAAGUUCACGCAUGACCAGAUAAUGCGACGAUAUGGAGAGCAACCUGCCAGCUAUGUGUCCUGAAUUGUCCUGUUUCUGUGGAGUGCCCUUUUCCUUUUGAACACUGCAAGUUGGCUGUUUCUCUGAGACUUGUAGCAGUGCCAUAUUAACCACCUAUGAGCACGGGGUGUUUUCAGCUUGUGUCAGUGGCAACCACUUUUCUGCAGCAUGUUUAAUGGAGUGCUCCCUGAUAUGUCGUCACCUUUUAUUGGACCUUUGCUAACUUGUACUUAUAAUUACCAGUGGCUCCCUCUGUUAAAAUUUUGCUGUAUGUUAAAAUCUGAAAAGCUUUUUUCUUUCCUUUUAAUGACUUUAAAGGAGCAGUACUGGUGUUCCAAAAUGUCCAUCUCAAUUUCAGCAUUGUAUUUUAAAUGCCAGAUUUUAGGGGAAUAAUCAGUCUAGUACUGUUUUAGUAAUGAGCCUUAUUUUGCAAACUCUGACUUCUAGCUACCAAAACGCAAGAGGGCAAAAGUCAUUUUUUUUACUCCUAUUCCUUAUAUAAGUGUUAUGUUUUUUCAGGCUGGUUUGUUGGAGGUUUUGCCUUUUGUCUUAACCAGUUCAUAUUGAAAUAAUGCCAAGUUCACUAUCAGAUUUGCAAGUAAGCAACAAAACGUGGCUCUUGUUUUUGAUUUUAUUUAGCAUUUCUAUUUCAACAAAUUAGUGAAGCAUAAUUCAAUCCAAUCAUAAGCAAACAAUUCAAACUGUUGAAUUCGAGUUGCAGCAACGUUUCCCUGAUGUCCAGCAGACAACUGAACACAGCUUGACCUUGAUUCUACUUUUGAUAUUUACCUGUGUUAAUUAGAUGUUAAGAAUAUUGUUUUCCCCAAAAACUUUCAAUAUUAAGAUUUUUUAAUUGUAUACAUAUUUGACUCUCAAUGCAAGAUUCUUGAUUUCUAAAAUUGUGGGGAUUCCAACAACUGUAUUUUUAAAAAUAAGGUAACUUGUAAGAAACCAGGUCCAGUUAAUAAUGAAUUACAAAGGUCCAAGAAUACUGAUAAUCAACAUACUUCCAAGAGAGCAGCUGUGAAGAUGUGAUAGCUGGUAGCAAUGUCUUCAGUUACUGCACGGCUGAGAUUAACAUGACCAGAGGGGAAAGGUUUGCAAAGGCUCAUUGUGCACUACAACAUUUCUGCAGGCAAAAUCUCAGUGAAUUUUGGAUAACGUGAUUAAUUAUCUCCACUGUUGGAAUUGCCUGCAUGUAGCUGUGGUCGUCUAUCAAAUGAAGGGUUCAGAAGAGAUUUUGUACUGAGAAGAGGAGGAUGGGAAGGGGUAACUGAAGCUUCAUAGUAAAUUUGAUUAAAAUAGUAAAUUUUAUUUAUUCUAGCAGUCUUUCAAAGUUUAUUUCUGCAUUUUGAUGUACCAUUAUUUUACUGUUCUUUGUAGUGUAAUGGAAUUUAGUUGACAAUAAAGAUUUACAUCCGA